UACCCUGUUUGUUCGCGGUGUGCAUGACGUUUUGGGUCGCGGAGACGGGCGCUGGGCCCGGUGUCAUCUCCCGUAAAGCUCUGCCGCACUGGGAUCGAUAACCCAACGGCUGGGCCAGCUCCAUUGGCUCUGGACCCCGCAUCGCGGCUUUGCAUCAAGCGCCCCAGGCCGAAGCGCCGCCGACGCUAGAACUUGUCGAUAAAGCUAAUACAGCACACAAUGGCAGAGAAAAAUGGGUUUGCACCUCGCCGAGGUGGUUUCCGUGGCCGCAAUCACUUCCAAGGAGGAGGGAGAGGUCGCGGUGGUCCUCGAGGACGAGGUGGCCAGAGAGGCCGCAGCAACAAUUUUAGAGGACGAGGAAGUCCUCGUGGUGGCCCCAACAACCGUCCAAAUCAGCAUGCCAAUGCCCAAGCUAAUGCUGUUAAUAAGGACUGCACUGUUUUGGUGAGGAAUCUCCCUUCUCAUGCUGCAGAUUGGCAAACAAAACUUACAGCUUUAUUCAAGGACUGUGGACCAAUCGAGAAGAUGGAAUUCCUGAAGAACGGUACUCGUGAUGAAGGGGUUUUUACUUUUACUCAAGAAGAUUCAGUGGAGAAAGCAUUGGGUAUUCAUGGCUCUCUUUUAGAAGGCCGUCACAUUAUUGUUGAUGUACCUGAAAAGAAUGAUGUUAAAUUUGAAAAUACUUCAGUUAAAGUGGAGUGUGGAGCAGAUGUUAUUGAGGAAGAUGUUUGGUUACACUUUGAAAGUUGUGGUGUUAUCAAAGGAGUGAGAGUGAAGCAUGACAAUAGGAAAGCACAUAUACUUUUUGAAAAUGAAGAAGCGGUUGCUAAGGCAUUGGAAAAGAAUGGGUCAUCAUUGAAUGAAGCCCCAAUUUCAGUUGUUCGUUGGCGCAGUUGGAGAGCUUGCCAAGUUCAGAAUCUUGGUGUUGCUGUGUUUGGCCUUCUACACCGAUCAUCUCGUGAUGAAGUUAUUAGCCACUUUAAGGAAUGUGGCAACAUUUGCUCAGUUUGGGUUGAAUUCCCAAGAGACUCAUCCAUCCGCAGGGCACUCAUUGUCUUUGAGGAUGAGGAAGGUGCCAAGAAAGCUUUGCAGAUGAAUGAAACUUUACUUGGAAAAGAUAAAAUCCGAGUACGUCAUUGGGAUGGCCGCAAAUUCAUUAAUGCUGUCUUCAUUGGAGGAGUUCCAUAUGGCACUGCACCCACAGAUCUCUGGAAGAUCUUCCAGACUUGUGGUACCAUUGACAAUGUUCACUUUGUACGAUACAAUCAGUCUUAUGCUGCUCGUAGGGCUUGCAUUGAAUUUGAGGAUCCCGAGGGAGCUAGAAAUGCACUUGAAAUGGAUGGUAUUGAAAUUAAAGGAAAGGCUAUCAAAGUAUUUUCAAGUCUAGAAGAGUGGGAUCAGCAUAUUGCAAACUUCAAAGAAACACAGUCAAAAUCUCAAGAUGCUGCAGUUAAAGAAGAACCUGAAGAUGCUGAGGAAGGGGAUGGGGAGAUGGAACAAGAUGGUGAUGAUGGUGCUAAUGGAGAUGCUGAAAUGGAAGAUGGUCAGGGUGACGAUGUUGCCAAUGGUAUCAAGCAGGAAAUUGAUGACGACAGCCAGCCAGCAGGCAAGAGGAAGGGUGGCGCUGGUGGUCCAACUCGCGGCAAAGCUCGUAAACUCCGGUGAAUUCCUUGCAGUGGCAACUUCCAUAUUCAUCACCUUAGGAGAUGAAGAUGAUGUCAUCGCAGCCUGCCAACUCUACCAUCCUAUCGUGUGAUAUCACAUUGUCCUAUUUAACGUGACUUUUCUAAUGAUAUGGAAUCCUCUUUAGCUUUGUAGUUCUUUCAAUCCAUGAAUUUUACUUUUAAUUUUAUAUCUCAGUUAGCUACAGGUGAAGUCAGUAUUUUCUUGGCCAUUUGUUUACUCCAAAAAUGGGUGUCAGUGGAACAAGCUCCUGUUCAAAUUUCUGUAGCCUGCACAUUCUGUAGCAGUUCAUCACAAGUAUGCCUUGUUAAGGUAUUCCUAUUCUUCAUUAUUUAUGCUGUGUGGUCAUUCUUGAAUCUAAUUUUUAUAGACUUUUAUAAUCAUAUGAUAUUGGACAGGUGUGAAUUUACCUUAGGAGUUUUCGAGCGUAACUGAUAAUCAAUUUUUUGUAAGGAUGUGAACUGAUGUAUUUUAACAACAGUCAGCCUGUGAUUUUAAUUUUUUGUUUUAGAUAGAUAUCAAUAGAAUCAUUUUAAUAACCGAUUUUACACACAAACCUCUGCACAGUUACCUAUUGCAUAACACUGGUGUUUAUAGGUAAUACUGUUUCCUAUUCCUUUUGUUUAGGAUCUUUGUGGUUCUUUUCUUUAUCCUUGUGUCCAUUAUAGUUUCUACCGUUCUCUCAUUGUAAUUAGCCUUCAACUGAAUUUUGUCAAUUGUAUAACUGUGAAUUGAACAUAUGCAAGGCUCAAUUUUAAGAAGGAUCCUUUUUUUGGAUAAUUGUAAUCAAAAUUGUAUUUCAUGAUUACUGUUAGUGUCAGGUGGCAGCAUUAUUCCAAUCUAAACUUAACAAGGUUAAUCUAAAAUUUUAGUGUUGGAAAAGUUAUUGCAAAAUCAUUUUCUUUGAAUUAGUAGUUGUGUAAGCAUAUUUAUUGUUGAUAAAUUAUCAAGACAGCUUACUAAGUGCACUGUCAUCUAGUUUUAGUCUAAUAGAGAGGAUUUGCUGCCUUACAUCAUUUUGAUGUGCCAACAUCUAUGUUGGCACAGGCAAAGAGUCUGUUCUGGCCAAUGCACUUUCAGGUUUAAGUUAUCUUUUUUUUAUUAUUCAAGAAGUUUGUUCAAAGUGGUUCAAGUGAUCUUAGAUCUGUUCCAUCUAUCCUAAAAUUAAGCUUCAUUUAAAUUUGUCUCUUAAAGAUUUGCAAUUAGGUAAAGCUUGCUUUUGCUGUCAAUUAGUUACUAAAACAAGUAUGUAGAUGAUUUGUGCUGCUGUUGUAUGGUAUGGUGUAUUAUUAGUUUCUUGCUGUGAGCAGUGCAGGAUUCCUUUCUCAUCGUUCUAGUUUUACUCUUGUAUGACAUAUUUUGUACGCAUUUUGACAUUUUUUAAAUGUUUUGGAUCACACCAUGUGUGUUGUACAACUCCAAUUGUAUUAUGUAGUGGCCUGCUCAAUGGGUGAAAUAAAAAAUCUUACAGUUGGAUGAACAACAUAUAA